UGCUUUCAUUAUUCCAAUCAUUUUUUAAAAGGUAUUAAGGAAGAAUGGAAGCACAUAAUCUGACCUACAUCUCAGAAUUCCAUCUCUUUGGAUUCUCAGAAAAUCCAGAGCUGCAGCCUAUACUUGCAGGACUGUUCUUGUCCAUGUACCUGGUCACAGUGCUUGGGAACCUACUCAUCAUCCUGGCCAUCAGCUCUGACUCCCACCUUCACACCCCCAUGUAUUUCUUCCUCUCCAACCUGUCUUUUGUUGAUAUUUGCUUCAGCUCUACCACGGUCCCAAAGAUGAUUGUGGAUAUAUUAACUCACAGCAGAGUCAUCUCCUAUGUGAGCUGCCUAACACAGAUGUCUCUGUUUAUUAUAUAUAUUUGUAUGGAUGAUAUGCUUUUGACUGUGAUGGCCUAUGACCGGUUUGUAGCUAUCUGCCACCCUCUGCACUAUUCAGUCAUUAUGAACCCUCGCUUCUGUGUCUUGUUACUUUUGCUUUCUGUCUUUUCUAGCCUCCUAGACUCCCAGCUGCAUAAUUUAAUUGCCUUGCAAUUCUCCUGCUUCAAGGCUGUAGAAAUUGCUAAUUUCUUUUGUCAUCCUUCUCAAAUUUUUAAUCUUUCAUGUUCUGACACUUUAUUGUAAACCAUAAUCACAUAUUUUGUUUCUGCCAUAUUUGGUUUUUUUCCCAUGUUAGGAAUCCUCUUUUCUUACUAUAAAAUUGUUUCCUCUAUUCUCAAAAUCUCAUCAUCCGGCGGGAGGUACAAAGCUUUUUCUACAUGUAGUGCUCACUUGUCGGUUGUUUGUUUAUUUUAUGGAACAGGCAUUGGAACUUACAUCGGUUCAGCUGUGUCAUAUUCUCCCAACAAGGGCAUGGUGGCUUCACUGAUGUACACUUUGGUCACCCCUAUGCUGAAUCCUUUCAUCUACAGCCUGAGAAACAGGGACAUUAGCAGCACACUGAAGAAGCUCCAUAGUUGGAGGGUUUAA